UGGUUGACCGGAAAUUGACUUCGAAUUUCAAAACAUUUAUUCUAAACAUUCAACGUUUAUGUAGAAUGUGAGAAAGUAAACUUAAGCUUUUCAUUUUUUGACUUGUAAACGUGUUAAAAAAGCAGAAAUAUGUCUUUAAAGGAAGCAGUGGGAAGACGUAUCAUAGAUGACGUAAUUAAACCAUUAUACGAUGCCAAAAAGUGGAAGGUAUUGAUUCUGGACAAAGAUUCCCUGAAAAUUGUAUCAUCGUGUUGUAAGAUGAAUGAAGUCAUGAAUGAAGGGAUAACUAUGGUUGAAGGUCUUGAGAAAAAGAGGGAGCCAUUACCUUCAUUGGAGGCCAUAUACAUUAUUUCUCCAACAGAAAAUAGUGUUGACCAACUUUUAUCUGAUUUUGACAAAGAUGCACCAACAACAAUGUACAUGCGAGCUCAUGUUUUCUUUACCAAAGUAUGCAAUGAUGAACUGUUCAACAAGCUAGCAAACUCUUCUGCUGCUAAAUUUAUAAAGACAUUGAAGGAAAUCAACAUGGCUUUUAUCCCUUAUGAGUCACAGGUGUAUUCUUUGAACAUGGAGAAGGUGGUGAACACUUUCUAUAUGGAGUCACAAAAUCAUUCCUCUGACAUUGAGAAAGUGGCUGAACAAUUGGCGACGUUGUGUUCAACUCUUGGAGAAUAUCCUUCAAUUCGUUUCCGAAACAUGUCCUGGUCUCAGGGUCUGGCACAAGCAUUACAGAGCACGUUGACCGCGUAUAAAGCAGAUGAUCCUUCCAUGGGAGAGGGUUCUCAGAAACAUCGUUCGCAAUUUUUGCUACUUGACAGAGGUUUUGAUCCAAUCGCUCCACUUCUACAUGAACUUACGUAUCAAGCAAUGGCUUACGAUCUUCUGAAUAUCAAAAACGAUGUUUACACAUACACCGCUGGUGAUGAUGAAAAAUCUGUUGUUCUUGAUGAAUCCAACGAAAUUUGGAACGAGUUUAGACACAACCAUAUUGCCGAAGUUACAAACAUCAUUUCCUCCAAAACCAAGGAAUUCGUUACUUCAUGUAAACUAACUAAAGGAGGCGAGAAGACAGAUCUUCGGGAUUUGAAACAAGUAUUGAAAAAAGUGCCGCAAUAUCAGAAAGAACUGAGCGCACUCAACAUGCAUUUCUUACUGGCGGAGGAGUGUAUGAAAAAAUUCAGAGAAACUACUCAAAAAAUAUGUCCCGUUGAACAGGAUAUGGCGACAGGCGCCGAUCACGAGGGGGAAAAAAUCAAAGAUCCACUAAAGAAUAUUAAUCCACUGUUACUUGACAGCAGUGUAAGUGUCCAAGACAAGAUCCGCAUUAUUCUCCUUUACAUCAUUUCGAAGGAUGGUAUCAGCGAGGAGAAUUUACUCAAGUUGUGUCAACAUGCUCAGAUACCUAAAGAUAAGCAAACGAUCAUCACUAACAUGGCCUACAUUGGUGUUCCCUUAAAAGAAGGGAAUGUAAAGAAAAAGUCAAAACCAGAACGUAAGGAAAGACCGCAACAAAAAUACCAACUUUCAAGAUACGUGCCAUAUGUGAAAGAUUUAAUGGAGGAUUCUCUGAAGGAAAAACUCGACGAGAAAAUGUUUAAUUACAUACCUGUGUCAAGAAACAGCGCCUCUGGCUACGGUGGUGUUGGUCAAAGUGCUCGUUAUGGCCAAUGGCACAAGGGUCAAACAAACACAAAGAGUUGCCCAAGAUUGAUUGUCUUUAUUAUGGGUGGUUUAACGUAUUCUGAAAUGCGAGCUGCGUAUGAGGUGAAGAAGGCAAACCAGGAGUGGGAUGUUGUUAUUGGUUCAACUCAUAUCAUCAAACCGGUUGAUUUCCUGUCGAUGUUGCACAAACUUGAGGAGUACUAGUAAAUAUAUGUUUUCUGUAGCUGACUCUCACGACACAGAUCGUGGAUUUAUAGUUGCCCUCAAUGUACUCGAAGUUAUUGAAAUUGUAUUAAACAUAUGUACUAUGUUUGUCGACUAUCAUAAUGCAAGAUUGUCAGAGGUUUGUUUUGAAAUUAAACGAAUUGUUUUGUUAGCCCUCAAA